CUCAGCCAGUCAGAGCCACAGGAAACAAGGAACGCGUCCAUGGAGAUGAUGUUUAUGCUGUAACUGUUGCACCAUUAUUACGCUCUGAUUGUACCGCCGCUGGCAUAAAGAACUAAAAGCUUCUGGGACUUUGUAAAAGACCUCAUGAAGAAGCGGCUAAGUAACCAUGACAGCGGCUGCUCUCAUAGGAGACCAGCUGAUCCUUGAAGAGGACUACGAUGAGAACUACAUCCCAUCUGAACAAGAGAUCCAUGAGUAUGCGAGAGAGAUCGGAAUUGAUCCGGACAACGAGCCGGAGCUUCUGUGGUUGGCCAGGGAGGGCAUGGUUGCUCCCUUGCCUCCUGAGUGGAAGCCAUGCCAGGACGUGACGGGGGACAUCUACUACUUCAACUUCUCCUCGGGCCAGUCCACCUGGGACCAUCCCUGUGAUGAGCACUACCGGCGCUUGGUGGUCCAGGAGCGCGAGCGCGCCCAGCUCACGGGCGCUGCUGGGGGUGGCGGGGCUAAGAAGGACAAGAAGAAGAAAAAAGAAAAGAAGGAAAAAAAGGAGAAGAAGAAGAAGGAGCCACCGAAGACUCCAGCAGCACUGAGUUCAUCUUCGGGGCCAUUAGCGUCCCCGCUGUCCACUUUGGCACCUCUGAGAGGUCUAGACGUCCUUGGGCCAGGCCCUCUCUCUGGGUCUAUCCCGCCGGUCCGGGGGUCCCUCGGCAGCUCUGGGGGGCUGGAACCUCUCAAGAUGUCCCUUCCAGGCCCUCGGAGCAGUAGAGCAGCAAGUGUUUUAGGCUCCAGGAAAGAGGAGAUGGUUUCACUUACUUUGCACGGUGUACAUUAUGAGGAUGAGGAUGAUAAUGAGGAUGAUGAUGAGAAAAUCUCUGAAAAUGAGCUGAGUCCCCGUGGAUCCGACAGACUACUGAAGAACCUCCAUCUAGACCUGGAUGCUCUUGGAGGAGGCCUGCAGUAUGAGGACAGUGAAGCCAGUGGUGCGACCCCAGCUGAGGAGAAGACGGAGCCGGAGCUGCAGGAUCUGGCCCUGUCUGGAGACCAUAGCCCCGACCCACCAUCCCACCAGGACUCUCUAAAGGGCCGCCACAUCCACCUCUCUGCCAAGGCGGACAGCAGAAGCCAAGCCAGUGAGGAGGGAGCUGGUGCUACCACCCCUGAGUCUGAACACUUAGCUGAGGGGUCAGAACAGGAGGUGGAGAGGGAGUUAAAUGAGCUGGGGGAAGGGACAGAUGUCCAAACAGGUGAGGGAGAUGGUGGAAAGGGAGGAGUAAAGAAGACAGAGGAAGAAGAGGCAGGGAAUAAGACGAACGAUGGAACAAAAAGAGAGAAGCAAGGUGAUCUAAGCCAGGAAGAGGAAAAGGAAGAAGUGAAUGAGAAUCAGAGUAGAAGUAAAGACAGAGAAUGUGAGGAGGAGGAGGGAUUCUGUGUUGGCCAAGAUGAAGGGCAAGAUGUUUCAGAAGGCUUAAGUCAUAGCAGUGGACAGAAGAGCAGUGAACAAAAUGAAAAGAAAAGAAAUGAGUUAAAAAGAUAUGUUGACCAAAAUGAUGAAAGCAAUGAGGCUGAGAAUAAUGAAGUGAAUGAGAAUAAAGAAGUGAAAGAUGUAGAAGAGCCAGAAAUCAAGGAUGAAGUUGCUGAAGAAUGCCUUGUUUCUCAUGAUAAUGGUAGUGGAGCUGAGAAGAUGGGGAUAGAUGGAAAGCUAGGUGUGACCGAGAGAAACAUUAUUGGUGAAUCCCAGGGUGAAAGUAAGAAGGAUGCGGAAGAAAAGAAUCACAAAGGAGGACAGGAAGAGGAAGAAGACGAGGAGGGUGAGAGUGACGAGGCUCUGCUGGGAUGUUCCAUAAGCCACAGAAAACUGACCGAGACUCCAGAGGAGGUUUUAGAAAGAUUUGUACAGAGCGAAGGAAAGGAGACGUGGAAGGAAGGAGUGGAGAUAGAAGAGGAUUCAGAGGACCAAGCUCCUACAGGAGCAUCAGAAAGUGAAGAAGAAGUCGAGGUGUUUAAAGCAGGGCCGUCUGAAGCCCAGCCAGCUGGGCUAGGACAGAAGACUCUGUCCUCCCGACCUGCAGAGGAGUCUGGGAACAAUAAGAACAUUGAAGAGGUUUCUUCUUCCAUGGAUCUGAAGCUGUCACAGAAGGUUUUAGACAUCAACGAUCUGUCUGGGACAAUCAGUCUGCUGGAGAAAGAUGAGAGGGAGGAAACAGGAGAAGAUGAAGAGGGGAAUGAGGACAGAGGAAAGACAAAGACUGAGGCCACCAAGAGUCCCUUCCUGUCUGAAGACAAAGACGAGCCAACAGCUCGCAAAGUGGAUCGACUUGUCCUCCACCAGUCCAACCAGUCAUUGUCCAGCUCCCCCGAUCUAGAACGAAGGUCCCCCAAACAUCACAAAACACAAACCCUCGGUGCAUCUCUGGGGCUGCAGAGACCCGAAACCUCUAGAGGUCGGCCAGGCCGGACGUUAGAUGCCCCGGUUGAAAAUACAGAACCCACCAUAAAAGAACAAGGAAGUUCUCUGGUGGAAGGGCCAAACUGGAAAGCACGGAUGGAGAGAGAAAGGGAGAACGAGGAAAAGAAGGACAAGAUGAGGGCAGAGAAAGAGGAGAGGAGUAUGAGGCAGAAGGAGGAGGAAAUGGGGGAGGAAAAGAAGAGGCUGAGAUUGGAGGUUGAACAAGAGCUGGAGGAGGAUGAGGAGAAGGAGCGCUGGUUGAAAGAAAAGGAAAAGAGGAUGCAUCUCCUUCAGGAGGAACUGAGGAGAGGAGAGGAGGAGGAGGAAAGGAAACUGAGAGAGGAAAGUGAGAUGAAACUGAGGGAGCUGCGGCAGAACCUGCUGUCUAAGAGGAGAGAGGAGGAGGCCAGGCUGAACAAGGAGGCAGAGAAAACCCUGGAGGAACUCCGAGAGUCUGUCAGGGAGGAGAGGGAGCAGCAGCAGCAGAAGCUCAGGGAAGAGAGUGAGGCGAUGUUAAAGGAGUCACGCAUCGCCCUGGAGGUGGAGCGAGCAGCAACACGUGACAGACUGGAGGCGCAGAAGAAGCGGGACAUCGAACAUCUGAAGGCUGAGUCAGAGGAGGAGCUGGAGGCCAUGAAGAAAAGGCUGGAGAGGGAGAUGGAGGAGAAACUGAACACUCUUAAACAAGAGGUCAACAGCACAGAGAGGAGGAGGGAGCUGAUAGUAAGUCCUCGACCUGAACACCAGCUGGCAGAGUACCACAGAGAGCUGAGCGAUGUGCUGCAGGAAGUGCGGGACGAGGUGCAGCGGGAACACGACAGGAAGCUAGAGCAGCUGAAGGACGACCACAGGAGGGAGAUGAAUGGAAUCAGGGAAAAAUAUCUGGAUGAGGAGACUGCUCAGAAGGAGCGCCUAUUGUAUACGCUACAGGAGGACAGACAGCGCCUCCAGGCAUCACAUGAUCUCCAGUUGGAGAAACUCCGCCUGCAGCUCGAUGGACAGAUCCAAAAGACUCAGCUAGCUCAUUCGCGUAAGGAGUCGGAGCUGCGGGAUCUGGCAGAUAAGUUGGAGCUGAGAGAGAAAGAGCUGAAGAGCCAGGAAGUCUUGCUGCAAACCAAGGCUGCAGAUCUUCAUAGGAGGAGGAAGAAGCUCGGUGAAGAGGAGGAAGAAUUAGACAGAAAGAUAGAGGCUUUACCUCAGCUGGUCCGGGAGAGAGACCAGCUGAACGAGGAGCUGCAGAGGCUGAGGGAGGAGGUGGCACACGCCCGGCAGCUCUCUCACAGAGCCAGGGAAGAAAGGGAUGAGGCCAAGGACCAGCGGGAGAGGAUGAGAGAGGAGAGAGACAAAGCCAAGGAGGACAAGGAGCGGCUGGAGAGCAAGGUGGCGCUGCUGCAGGAGAGAUGCGACCGCCUCACCUGCAGAAUCAGUGAGCUCGAACAAACUGGAGAUGGAAGCACUUUGCCCAAAUCAGAGCAGAGCAGAAAGAAGUCAGAGAAGGCAACAGCGCCCCCUGAUGACAGAAUAGACUCAUCGCUACAUGUCGAGGAGCUGGACGACCGGCCUCUCUCCCCUGUACCCGACAGCCACAGCAGCAUCGUCGAGUUCAGGCAGUACGUCUCCUCACACGGCGCCUCCAUCCAGAAGACCAAGCAGUUCCUGGAGAGGGAGCGCAGCCGGCUGCUGGAGAGGCAGGCGGCUCUGCAGGCAGCCCAGACAAGCACCGCUCAGGACCCCAGUCUCAGAGGACCAACUGAGGAGAGAAUGAGAACCCUCCAACAGGAGGCCAGACAUGUGGCAGAGCUUCAGCGGACAGUUCAGAGAGGAGCCUCCCUGCUGCGGAGGAAAGAGGAGCAGCUUCAGCAGCUGGAGACCUCCAUGGCUGAGGAGGCCAUGUUUGAGGAUUCAUCUCAACUUAUGGAAGACAGGAAGGUGACGUUUGAUGUGACCGAAUCAGACAUCAGCAGUGCGGUGGAGCCACCGGGUGGGACAGGAGAUCACCUCACCGUCCCAGCCAAAGUCCAGGAAUUAGCAGAGUCCCUGCAGCACAUCUCAGGCCAGCUCAACAGCGUUCUGGGCGCACUGGGCUCAUUGGCCCAGAGGGAAAACAGCUCACUUUCUUCUCCUUUCUCCAUGCCUCAGAGGUUCGGGACAGAGGCAUGGGGCCCAGCUCCCACCUCAGCGCCAGUCAUUCCUCAGAUGUACGGCCUGGCUCCCAGCUCUUUAGCACCACCACCAGCACCUGAUAGGCUCUCAGAGGCGCUCUGGAGCUGGGCACCUCAGAGCAGCUCUGCCGCCACCCCUCUGUUCAGCACCCCGAUCAGCAGCGGGCUGACAACCUCAGGAGACUUCAUGAACAGCAGAUGGAGCCAGAUAUUCCCUGGAGCAGCCACUGAUCCGGGCGUUUCCAGCACCAAGAGAACCGCUUCAUCUUAUCCAUCUUACGCUCCCGUCAGUGAGCACAGCCGCAGCCAUCAGGCGAUGCAGAGGUCAGUGGAGCUGGGUGGUCCGAGGCUGCAGGGGCUGAUUGACAGUAACAGGAAGUGGCUGAACAUGCGCAGGAAAGACCCCAGCAUACCGCUGUUCACUCGCUAUCGAGCUGCUUCUUCUAAGAGCGGACUGGUUCAGCUGGGCUUGGACGACAACAACCAGAUCAGAGUCUAUCACUACUGACAACAUAACCCACGGUUCUGAGGAGCCUGGAGCGUUAAUGACACCAUGAUGUUCCAGGAGACGAUGUUUACAGGGACUUCUUAAAGCUUUUUAAAGGUCUUCAGGGAUGCAGCGCCUCCUCCACUGUGGACAUGGCUGUUCAGGGUUGAGACAGGAGCUUUCCUAAAACCAUGAGCUUCACAGCUUGUCUUUACACCAGUUUUUCUUUUUUUGUAAGGCACUUAUGUCAAGGUUUUUAAAGGAUUUCUUCAACUUUAGCGUUAAAAUGAAUCUGCUGGAGGUUAUUUGCUUUAAAUAAAAGCCUUCUCUACUCCCCCAGUGUUUACAGAGCAGCAACCGUUUGCUGCACACUUCUAUAUUUUGUGCAAGUGUUGUGUAAAUAUUGUAUUUUUUUAUUAAAUAUAUAAUUUUAAUACAUUA